UCUCGAUUGCGGGAUUGUGUUAUCAAUCCGGCCAUGUCAUCCGAUUUCUUUGCGGGCUACCUCAGUGGGGCUAUAGGGAUUGUCAUUGGGAACCCUCUAGAUCUUGUUAAAGUUAGAUUACAAGCAGGCCAAUCUGCGGAUAUCUCGAGACGACCGGGCCUGAGCGGUUUGGAGAAUGCCAGUUCUCUUGUGAGAGGCGCUGCGGCUCCUAUCCUCGGAUACGGAGCGCUGAAUGCCCUGCUCUUUGUCGCUUAUAAUCGCUCAUUGAUGCUUCUGGAUAGUUCAGUUACCAACCCCACAGCACCUGACAGCGUACCUCUAUACAAGAUCUGGCUUGCCGGUGCCGCAGGUGGGCUGGCCAGUUGGACUGUCUCGUCGCCGACAGAGUUUAUCAAAUGCAGAGCGCAACUGGACUCCCGUCCCGAGGUUUCAUCAUGGACCGUUGCCAAGGACAUCAUUCACACGGGAGGCUUCAGGGGACUCUACUACGGGGGAGUGAUAACCAGCAUUAGAGACUCGGUCGGUUAUGGAUUUUAUUUCUGGUCCUAUGAAUAUUGCAAGCGUCUAAUGACAUCCGAAGAAGAAGAUACACGACAAGCUGCAAUUAAGGUCCUUCUUUGCGGGGGCAUUGCUGGAAUUGUCACCUGGGCAUCGGUGUUCCCGCUGGAUGUGAUAAAGACAAGAUUGCAGGCGCAGACGAUUGGGGAUUCUUCUUCCUGGCUAGAAGGUCAGUCGUUGCUGCCCGCGAGCAACCGGAAGACGCUUGGUUCUCUCCAACUUGCCAAGGAGGUGUAUCGGACGGAGGGAUUGAAGGUUUUCUAUCGUGGCCUAGGGGUUUGCAGUCUUAGGGCGUUCAUAGUAAAUGCGGUCCAGUGGGCAACGUACGAAUGGCUUAUGAAGGCCUUUACCAACAGCAACAAUAAUCCAUUGAAGGGGGCGCAAGGUCAGGCUGUCUCAUGAAUCAAGACCUUCCGUACGCUGUACAUAUGUUAUCUAUGGCAAACAAUCUAGCUACAUACCUAGGUAGGUAGUUACCGGUAAGCAUCGGUUAAGUUCCACCGGAGGUGCAUAUUACCAUAAUCGUAUUUUCCGAAAAGCGGCGGUUUAAGG